UGUUGCUCAACAUUAAGGGUCCGGCAGAGCUCUCAAUCCACACAGCGGCUCAGCAGAGGUUAACCGGUAACAUUUGAGGAUUUGACAACUUUCAGAGACUGCUAUGACAUCUCGCAGGUGGUUCCACCCUAACAUCACCGGAAUCGAGGCAGAGCAGGUUCUGUUAACCCGGGGCGUCCACGGCAGUUUCCUGGCCCGGCUGAGCAAGAGCAACCCUGGGGAUUUUACCCUCUCUGUCAGGCGUAAUGAUGAGGUGACCCACAUAAAGAUACAAAAUUCUGGAGACUACUAUGACCUGUAUGGAGGUGAGAAAUUUGCCACUUUGGCCGAGCUAGUACAGUAUUACACUGAACAACAGGAUCUCCUGCGUGAGAGGAACGGUCAUGUCAUCGAGCUCAAGUAUCCUCUCAACUGCCAAGACCCUACCUCUGAGAGGUGGUACCAUGGACACCUUUCUGGAAAAGACGCAGAGAAACUGCUUUCAGAAAAAGGCAAAGCUGGCAGCUUUCUGGUACGGGAGAGCCAAAGUAAACCAGGAGACUUUGUCCUCUCAGUUCUUACAAAUGAGGAGAAACAUGAGAAUGUGGACCGCAAGACCAAGGUUACCCAUGUUAUGAUUCGCUACCAGCAGGAUGGUAAAUAUGACGUAGGUGGUGGUGAGAGGUUUGAUACCCUGGCUGACCUGGUGGAUCACUACAAGAAGAACCCCAUGGUGGAAAAAAGUGGUAUUGUAGUGCACCUCAAACAGCCCUUUAAUGCGACAAGGAUAAAUGCAGCCGACAUUGGGAACCGGGUACUACAACUCAACAAGGUAGCAGAAAAUUCUGAGAAGCCCAAACAGGGAUUCUGGGAAGAGUUUGAGGUACUUCAGCAGCAGGAGUGCAAACUAUUGUAUCCCCGGAAAGAAGGCCAGAAGCCAGAAAACAAGAGUAAAAACAGAUACAAGAAUAUCCUCCCCUUUGACACAACACGUGUUGUAAUUAGAGAAAUUGAUCCAGAAGUUCCUGGUUCGGACUACAUCAACGCAAACUAUAUCAGAAGUAUGCAUGAAGACGGGCGGCAUGUGGAGGAGGGCAAAAUCUUUAUUGCCACUCAAGGGUGCCUACAGAAUACAGUCAUUGACUUCUGGAAGAUGGUGUAUCAGGAGAAUACGCACGUCAUCGUCAUGACCACAAAGGAGAUGGAGCGUGGAAGGAACAAAUGUGUCCGUUACUGGCCAGACCUCCUUGGCACUAAGGAGUUUGGAAAGGUGCAGGUGAGGAAUGUAGAUGAAUGGCCAGCACAGGACUACAUCCUGAGGAAGCUGGAGGUGACACGUCUGGAUCGGAAAGAGCCUCUGAGGUACAUCUGGCACUAUCAGUACCUGAGCUGGCCGGACCAUGGGGUGCCCAAUGAGCCCGGUGGUGUCCUGUGGUUCCUAGAGGAGGUCAACCGCACCCAGAACACCAUUAAAGACACUGGACCCAUUGUUGUCCACUGCAGCGCAGGCAUCGGCAGAACAGGCACAAUUAUUGUCAUCGACAUCCUCAUUGACAUUAUUAACCGCCAAGGUCUUGACUGUGACAUAGACAUCCCAAAAACCAUCCAAAGGGUACGGCAGCAGAGAUCUGGCAUGGUGCAGACAGAAGCUCAGUAUAAGUUCAUCUACAUGGCGGUUAAUCAGUACAUAGACACAGCUCAGAAGAGACUGAAAGAGGAGCAGAGGAGUAAGAGUAAGGAGAGAGAAUAUUCUAAUAUCAAAUAUCCUCAAAUGACCAACUCCAGGUCCAAACACAACAUGGCCUCCUCGCGCUCAUCUUCUGUGAUGACAAAUGAUGAUUCUUCAAGCGUGUACGAGAAUAUAAACUUCAAAAGCCCUCAGGCAUCUUUCAGCAGUAACACCAGGAGGUGAAAUUGUUGCUGCGGACCUCCACUGCUCUCUUGUCUGCCUCUCUCUUCAGCAAAAGAAUCUCUUCAUCACAUCUGAAAAUCUCUUGGGGAGCAGAGGAAGUGUGAUGCUCCAAACUGCACUGCACGCUGGUGGACCCUGAUCUGAAGGUGGUGAGCUGACUGCUCCCCUGCCACCGCUCUGCUGGACUGGCUGCUCGCAGUCUGGAGUCAAAUCUUACCCCCUGUAGAGGGGAGGAAUCCACAAAUUGCUGCCCUCACCCAGGGGCCUUGCCCGCCCGUCCUCCCUUUUUUCUUACUGUUUUCUUUCUCUCUCAACCAGCACAAGUGCCUUGUGACAGGAUGUGUCUGUAAUCUAGUUUGCCUAAACCUGCUGUAACAAUUUUACUGUUUACCCUGGAAGCCCAAGCUAACAUGAUAAACAAGCAGUUUCCAUGGGGUACAGAUAUUAAACACAAAGUCUGCUCCAUGCUGAACUUAGCAGAGCUGUACGGGACCUGAGAGGAGGUCAAAGCUUAAGCUGUUUGUCGGCUUGUUGCCAGAAAUCACUCUGCUGGUUAUCCCUCUCUCUCUGUCUUUGCUGGCUAUGAUUUGAACUCCGACCUUAAGACUGUUUUUGCUGCUCUUUGUCUCUCCAGCUGUGGUGGUUAUUAAGGCGCCUGCUGAGUGAAGGCAAGGGCAGUUAUGUAACCUGCUACAAGCUCCCGAAGCUCAAGAAGGGCAAGUUUGCCCUCUCUUAUUAUAAUUCUUUGAAAAAUUGAUUUUUGUUUUGGUUGUAAAAGUGAACUACUUUUUAUUAUGUUUUAUUUUUUGAAAAUGUGACUGAAGUGUUGUGAAAAAAGUGGGAUGUGAUUACCCAUGCAGUUAUAAAUGACAAACAGGUGUUAUGUUGUUUCCUGAUGAAUUUAGAGACUUUUCUUUUUUGUCCUCUGAAUGAGCUACUUUCCCUUGUUUUAUGGUGUUUUUGUCCAUGAUGGUUGGUAUCAUGAUUGUGUAACAUAAAGAGAUAUUUAUUUAAAUAUAUCUUGUAUAUUUAUAAAUGAACAUUAUUAUGAAUUAGAUCAAUUUAAAAGGCGUAUGUUUUGAUUACUCCUCCAGAUAUAUUUUCAUUUGAGAUCAUAUUAGUAAUUUGAAGUCCUUCUUUGCAUGGUGAGGAACCCUGGAUGGAAGGUGGAGUGGAGCUUGGCUCGCCACCGUCUCUCAGCUUGGUUUGACUGGCUGUCCUCGUUAAUCAGCAGGUCUGAUAUGGUCAAACAUCUGUCAGACGAGAUCGUCGCAAGGAGACAAGAAAAAGGGGGCGAUUACAGUGGGCCAGAUGGCCAUCUGCCUGAGAUUGAAGAAUAGAUUUGUCUCCAAAAAGUAAUUUAAAAGAUGGCUAUAAUCCAGGCUUGAUGAUAGCAGGGUGAGUAAGCCGACGUCAUUGAUGUGAUAAGUAGAAUGGUGGUCCCGCGGUGCCCUGAGCCUUCUGUGCUCACGAGCAGAUUGUUGGCUAUUUUUAGCACCAGAACCAGCACCAACAUGUCCUGCUUCAGUACAGUUAUAAAACCACUAAUGGAUGAAGUGAAAAAGCACAAAUCAUCUUUGUUCUAGCAGAAAAUUUGGGUCCUAGCACGUUGAUAUGUAUCACCCACCUUACUAAACUCAACUCAGCGAGCUUUGCAGGGCAGUGGCCGCCCAAAACAGGAUAGAGCCCAACUCAUUAAGCCAGAUGUCAGGUUUAUGAGACAUCUGCAAGAUUCUUUGUUGCCCAAUCCACAAGAAACUAAAGUUUAUUACCCUCGGAGAAUACCCCAAAAGGUUUCACCUCCCAGCCCUAACAAGUCAGAGCUGUUUCAGUAGAAGCCAUACAGACCUGAACAGGUGGUUUUACCUUUGUGGCAGGUAAAUGGCUCAAUCUGCAGGUAACCUCAACAAAACAAUAGGAACACGUGAAAGCAGUGUGUGGUCUACAUUUUUCUAAUUUCAAUCCACCAAAACAAUGCAUAAAUCAGGGGCAUUUGUCUUUAGACUACUUCUCUUCCUUCAGAAACAGAAACUAACCAGGUCGAGGGCUGUAGCAAGCUGGACUCACCUCCUGAAGGUGCAGCUAGUAAUUUAUUUUUUCUUUUUUUUAAAUCAGCAAAGCCAAUUAGGCAAGGCAAGGCAAUUAGAGUAUAUAGUGAUAUAAUAGAGGUAAUAAUGCUGCACUGAAGUGAUUAUAAUUUUUAAAAAUUGUGGGUUGAUACAGCUGAAUGUAACCCACAGCAGCCUGUUUUCUUGCUGUGAAAUGACCCUUUUAUGUUUCUGAAGGCUUACUAGAGCAUGGACUCUACAGAUUCAGUCACUUGUCUCACAGUUUAGAAGCUUUUACUGGUAUAACUUUUUGCCAUGUGUUUAAAUGACAGAUUAUUUUGUAAAUAAAGGCUGUCUUUUUUUGUUUUUAUCUUUUUUAAUGAAUGCCUUUGCUGUCAUGUGACAGUGAAGGCCUACAGUAUGCCUGUCUAAAUGCUGCACUACUUGAUGUUCUCCUGUUGAAGGUUUUUCCUCUCUGAACUGUGAUCUUUGUCCAAUGAAUGAGAAGUGAUUUGUGGAUUUGUUUCCCUGUGUCUGAUCAUUCACUGUGGAUCAUUUUUUUUAUAUUAUUUUCCAUAGUAUUUCACUUUGCCUCUAUGGGUCAAGUUGUUUUAUAGUUUGGUGAAACAUCAGUACUUGAAAGUUUGUCACUGCUGAACCUUUGGCCUCAGGCUGUGUGGAUGUCAGUUGGCUGUGGAAGUUGUUUUUGUAGUUUACUAGACUUUUGCUGUUAGUUUUUUUUUUUCUUUUUCUUCAAAUUUAUUUGGUCAUUCUUGCAUUUUCUGUUGUAUCUGAUUUAUUAUUAUUUUCUAUUUGUUGUAUGAUUUCCCUGAUGAGUGAAUUCUGUCUGAAUCAGAGUCUACAGAGGUAUGCAGUUGUAAUCUGUAUUUUCUUUCUGCUGAUCCUCUUAACAUCUACUUGAAUGUGCUAACAUGACUGUUUUGAUUUCUUCCCUGUGUUGGUUGCAGUAAGCCUGAUGUGAUAGUGGUAUUCAAAGUGCUCCCAUGUUGUCCAGUUUCCUCUUCUUCUUGCACUGGCUCCACCCAGACGCCUUUUUUCGCUGUAUAGGCUACAACUGCUGAUGCAAUGAGCUGCCAGAAAUGGCAUCAAAAUGGUUUAUUGUACAGAUUAAUAAAAGUUUAUGAAGGCACAAUGUAAA